CCACCGCUCUUUCCGGAGGGGGGCGCUCUGCGUAAUUGGUGCGCCAAUUCUUUCUGCCCCCUCUCCUAUUUCCGCGAUCCAUCGGUUGGCUCAUGAGGCGGUUCUGGUUGCGGCGGCGGGCAUCUGGGCUCAGGUGCUGCGGGAGGUGCCUGGGUCCGCCUUAGGUCGAUGCUGGCUUGCCUGGAGAGCGGCGGCGGAGGAGGACGAAGGUGCUGGAGGACAAAAGCUGGAAAGGGGGACCAGAUGUGGAGGAGAAAAAGGCUGCCGCCGCUGGGCCCCUCAUAGGCCCGGCCUCGCCGGCAGAUGCAUCCCAGCAAAGAAGAACAUCCUUCAUGUGUGUGGGUGGAGCAGGAUAGUGCCUAGUUGUCAUGUCUCUCUGUGACUGAUAUAUAGUUGCCACAUCCUCCAGAUGACUGCAUUUUGACAUGAUGUACGCCCAUCAAGUUCCUCCCUGGAUGAAUGAAAUGAGCCUGAGCCCUGUGGGGAUGGAACAGUUGACAGCUUCUUCUGUGAGCAAUGCCCUGGCUGUUGCAGGAAAUCACAUAGCUUUGGCCUCCUCACCCACCCAUAAUGCCAUACCAGCACCAGGAUUACCAGUUGCAAUUCCAAAUUUGGGGCCCUCAUUACCUUCUGCUUUGUCUCUGAUGCUUCCAAUGGGCAUUGGAGAUCGAGGAGUGAUGUGCGGUAUACCAGAGAGAAAUUAUACCCUACCUCCACCACCUUACCCUCAUCUAGAAAGCAGCUACUUUAGACACAUUCUACCUGGUCUAAUAUCUUACUUAGCUGACAGACCUCCACCUCAGUGUAUUCACCCCAACAAUAUCAAUGUUGAUAGUAACUCAGCUUUAUCUGUCUCCAAUAAUCCUUCAGACUUAGAUCCCUAUCAGCCCAAUGGAACCGUGGGUCUUGAAGCAGGCAUUGUCUCCAUGGAUUCCCGUUCAGUGAAUGCACACAACACUCAAAGUUUGCAUCCCAGCGAUGGCCAUGAUGUCGCUCUGGAUACAACAAUUACCAUAGAAAGUGUUUCAAGGGUUACCAGUCCAAUCUCUAGUGACAGAAUGGCCGAAGAACUUAGGAUGAGUGAUGUAGGUGGGGAUCAUUCACAGAUUGCAAAUGGCAGUCGUAAUCAUGAGCCUCUAGCAGUGGAUAGCAGUUUAGCCACAGAAACUGUAGGGCAUAAUGGUGUAAUCCCUAUCCAUGGUAGCAGUUUGGAACUUCCUGUUGUUAUGGAGACUGACCACAUUGCAGGCCGUGUCAAUGGGAUGCCUGACCGAACACUUGGGGACUCUAUUCAUACAGUGGCCAUGAGCAGCAAUUCUGUGAGUGUUGCACUUUCUACCUCACAUAAUCUCACUUCCCUGGAAUCUGUCUCAUUACAUGAAGUGGGUCUCAGCUUGGAGCCAGUGACAGUAUCCUCCAUAAACCAGGAAGUAGCCAUGGGACAAAAUCAUGUGGAUGUCUCCUCAGACAAUCUUGCUUUUGUGCCAUCAUCAUUGCAGAUGGAAGAUUCCAAUUCCAAUAAGGAGAAUAUGGCUACAUUGUUUACAAUAUGGUGCACACUCUGCGACAAAGCUUACCCAUCAGACUGCCCAGAUCAUGGGCCAGUGACUUUUGUUUCUGACACUCCAAUAGAGAGCAGGGCCAGACUUUCUGUCCCAAAGCAGCUUAAUAUCCGACAUGCUGUCAUGGGACCCGAAGUUGGUGGGCAGUAUUGUCAAUUAUCAACCUGUCUUGGAUCUCCUUCCUUAGGUGUGUGGGCUCGAGAAACCAUUCCUGUCCGUACUUGCUUUGGACCACUCAUUGGUCAACAGAGUCACUCAGUGGAAGUAGCUGACUGGACAGACAAAGCGGCCAAUCACAUUUGGAAGAUGUAUCACAAUAAUGUCCUGGAAUUCUACAUCAUCACAACAGAUGAAAAUGAAUGUAACUGGAUGAUGUUUGUGCGGAAGGCCAGGAACCGGGAAGAACAAAAUCUGGUAGCCUACCCUCAUGAUGGAAAGAUUUACUUCUGCACUUCACGCGAUAUCCCUCCAGACCACGAGCUCCUUUUUUACUAUAGUCGUGACUAUGCCCGCCAGAUUGGUGUUCCUGAGCAUCCUGAUGUGCACACUUGUCACUGUGGAAAAGAAUGUGCUUCCUAUGCAGAGUUCAAGGUCCAUCUGAGUAGUCAUCUUAACAGCCACUUCCCCAGUCAGGGGCACAGCAGCACCCAUGGACCAGGACACAGUAAGGAAAGGAAGUGGAAAUGCUCUAUGUGCCCUCAAGCUUUCAUCUCACCUUCUAAACUUCAUGUUCACUUCAUGGGGCAUAUAGGUAUGAAGCCACACAAGUGUGACUUCUGUAGCAAGGCCUUUAGUGACCCCAGCAAUCUGCGUACACAUCUUAAAAUUCAUACAGGUCAAAAGAACUAUCGCUGUGCACUCUGUGAAAAGUCUUUUACUCAGAAGGCCCACCUAGAGACACAUAUGGUUAUCCACACUGGAGAAAAAAAUCUGAAGUGUGAUUAUUGCGAUAAACUAUUUAUGCGGCGUCAAGAUCUCAAGCAACAUGUGCUUACCCAUACACAAGAGCGCCAGAUCAAAUGUCCACAAUGUGAGAAGCUAUUCUUAAGGACAAAUCACCUAAAGAAACAUUUAAACUCUCAUGAAGGAAAGAGGGAUUAUGUCUGUGAAAAGUGUUCCAAGGCUUAUUUAACAAAAUACCACCUUACUCGCCAUUUAAAAAUUUGUAAAGGACCAACCUCUAGUCUCUCAGCUCAAGAAGAGGAGGAAGAAGAGUCUUCAGAGGAAGAAGAAUUGAUAAAUUCUACAACAAAUGAAAACUGUCGACUCAGAACCACCAUGUAUGUGACAGGUGAUACACUUUCUUGUCACAGACAAGACAAUUCCUAAAAUUAUUGAAUUAACAUGUGUAAACUUCCACUCAGUGGCCAAAUUCUCAUCCAUAAUGGAAACGGCUUCUGUUUUCAGAGUGAACAUUAAAACAACAUAAUUACUCACGUUCAUCUAUUAAAAUGGUAUCAUUGGUGACUUGGUUGAUGCAUGAUGGAUACAAUUGAAACAGCAUCAGCUGUCUCUGUUAAAGGUACUUUUAAUGUGAAAGUAUGCACAAACCAAAUUUUUUCAUUGCAGUAUAGUGCUUUUUUAUUGAAUAAAUUACUUUUGGCUCUUAGAAAGUUCAUAAAAUUGAUAUUUGUUGUAUACCAAUGAAUUAUUUGCUCAUCUGUUGACAACUGAGCAUUUCCAGAGGUUUAGAAAGCAAAAA